AUGGAAAAAAUCCCAUUUGACAUAUUGCAUAAUGAAAACACAUCCGCGAGAAGACGUCACUGUAACCGUACUUCACCACCAACUUACGAAGUGCCAUUAAUUCUAAGUACGAGUUCCCGUGAAUUUACUGCCAACCAAAGGAAUCGAUUCACGUCUCCCACUCGAAGAAUUCCUAGUGAAAGGGAUGAGAAUAAUAAUCGAGAUAAUGUGACAUACGAAUCUUUAUCCGAGUUGAUAAAUAUUACUUUAGCUCUUAAUAUAUCUGCAUCACAAAAUGACAGUGAUUUUAGUAUGCCCGAUGUAGGAGGAG